AGUGCCACACCUUCGGAGUCGAUGCCGACUCAUCUCGCUUCCAAUGGAACGAUAAUCUUUGGAAAGCUCAACUCGAGCGGAACCUAUACCCUCGGAGGUUAUCUCGAUAGUUACGAAGGGCAAGCAGGACUAUGGUCGCUUGGCCCUUGGACUGCGAUUGCAACAAGUUUCGUUGAUACGUUCAUCAAAGUUCCCUGGGACCUGAUUGUGCGUUUGAAAAAUUCUAACUUUCAACUUAACGUGAUCAUCAACGAUUGGCAAGAGUAUGCCAAGCUCGAGGCCCCAAUGCUUGUGCCAUUCACCAUUGGCGUCUUCCUGGCACUCAUUGUGCCAUUCGUCGGACUCAACCUUUGCUGCUGCCGCUGCUGCGGUCGGUGUGGAGGCAAAUACACCUCCAAGGAAGCCGAAAAGAAAAGUCAGAGCUGUGGAUUCAUGGUCGGAUUAGGGCUCAUCAUAAGCUGCAUUUUCAUCAUUCUCGGUGCUUGCGGGUUUGUAGGAUCCUCACACCGACUCCACAACACACUGCCUCACGUUGCAGAAGCUGCAGUCUACGCAGUUGAUGACUUUUCGCUUUUCAGAGACAAGUUCUUUGAGGAUCUUGAUCUUGUCACCGUUAGAGAAUUCAAGAAUGUCGCUGAUAUCAUGUCAUCCGAACUUGACCGCCUACCUGACGAAGUCACUGGUCCCUUUAUGCUCGCAGGUCGACCUGUCGUUCAGGGCAUUACUGGAAACCUCCUGGGUCUUGACAAGGACUUGGACGCGCUUAAGGACCGCUUGAGUGAGGUCGACUCAAUCUCCUCACAUGUCACGGACUCGGGUGACAGCAUCAGAGUACUGAUCGAUGAGAUCAAGGCAAACUUGACCACUCUGAAAACCACCUGUUCAGGAUCACCUGACUGCGGUCAUAUGAUGGAUCCUAAUGAUGUGUCAUCUGUCUAUGACUUCUCCAAGACCCCAGAUAUGACAGGAGAAACAGCAAGUUUGGGCCCUGUGCUCAGUCUGGAUUUAAAGGGUAUCGCCACUAUGGCGAGGAAUACCUUUGAGGAUAUUCCCAAACAGGUCAAUGCAUCAGCUUUUGACAAAGCAAAUGACAUUAAGGACAUAAUCGAUGGCCUGAUUGACCCUGUCCAAGAUGCAUUGAACACUAGUGUCAAACCUUUGGUGAAUGGGCUCUUUGAUUCGCUAGCCUUUAAUGCCACCAAGUUAAGACACGAGAUCCGCAGCAAAGCUGAGAUCAUCACCCAGAAAAGUGGAUUCCAGUAA